AACUCCUAACGGGUCUCCACGAAGGCUUGGGUCCUGGCUCCGAGGUUCGCCUUGUUUGGAUCAUCUGGGGUUUUUUUUGCUCCUCGACUUGUUGUUGCCACAACAUGCGACGUGUGCUCGUCAUGUGUGGAAAUGACGUGGGACUGUGCAGGUUUUUGGCGAGCUCAUAAAGGAUGGACUGUCCUCUCACUGUCACACCGCGGGAGGGAGGACCAGGAGAAGAAGAGUCAGAAGAGACUAGAGGGGGGCGACCGACCGGUGAGACUCAGACUCAGAGACACCCGGGGAGGACACAGGUCCAGAUACUUCAACCCUGACAUCUUUUUUUUCAUCUACACGGACCAACAAAGUGGAAACAGGACCAGAAGGACAGAGAACCCAGAGCAGCGUCUGGUGUAUGUGGGAGCGGAGACGCGCAAAUGUGAGCGCGGAGCGCGGACACGACUCAGGUGCAGAGACAGGACACUGGCGGCGCUAUUAGGAUGCAGAAGUCACCGGUGGAAGAUGCUAACUUCCUCUCUAAGUUUUUCUUCUGGUGGACAUCACCGCUGCUGAGGAAGGGCUUCAGGAAGAAGUUGGAUCUGUCAGACGUGUACAAGGCUCCUUCCUUUGAUCUGGCAGACAACCUCUCUGAGAGACUGGAAAGAGAAUGGGACAGGGAGGUGGUGUCAGCCAAGAAGAAGCCCCGGCUGCUGAGGGCACUGGCCCGCUGCUUCUUUGCCCCGUUUGCCUUCUUCGGUGUCCUCCUGUACCUGGGGGAGGCCUCCAAGGCGGUGCAGCCCCAGCUUUUGGGUCGCAUCAUCGCUUCGUUCGACCCCUUCCACGCCCCGGAGCGAAGCCAGGGAUAUUUCCUGGCUCUUGGUCUGUGUCUCCUCUUCACUGCUCGCUUCCUGCUGCUACAGCCUGCCAUCUUCGGCCUGCACCACCUGGGUAUGCAGAUCCGCAUCGCCCUCUUCAGUCUCAUUUACAAGAAGACCCUGAAGUUAUCCAGCCGCGUCUUGGAUAAAAUCAGCACGGGUCAACUGGUCAGUCUGAUGUCAGCCCACCUGAACAAGCUGGACGAGAGUCUGGGUCUGGCCCACUUUGUGUGGAUCACUCCCCUACAGUGUAUACUGUGCGUGGGCCUGAUAUGGGAGCUGAUCGAGGUGAACGGCUUCUGUGCCCUGGCGGCUCUGACUCUGCUGGGCAUCAUCCAGGCCUGGCUCUCACAGAAGAUGGAGCCUCACAGGGUGAAGCGAGCCGGGAUGAUCAGUCGCCGUCUGGCUCUGACGUCUGAGAUUGUGGAGAACAUCCACUCUGUGAAGGCGUACGGCUGGGAGGAGGUGAUGGAGACCAUCAUCAAAAACAUCAGGCAGGAUGAGAUGACGCUGACGAGGAAGAUCGGAUCGCUGCGUUACUUCUACAGCGCCUCCUACUUCUUCUCUGCCAUCCUGGUCAUCGUGUCGGCCGUCGUGCCCCACGCUCUCAGUAAAGGCAUCAUCCUGAGACGAAUCUUCACCACUGCCUCCUACUGCAUGGUCCUGAGAAUGACGCUGACGCGGCAGCUGCCCGGCUCCAUCCAGAUGUGGUACGACACGCUGGCGCUGGUCAAGAAGAUAGAGGAGUUCUUAAUGAAGGAGGAAUACAGAGAGCUGGAAUACAACCUCACCACCACCGACGUGGAGCUGGUCAACGUUUCUGCGUCCUGGGAUGAGGGCAUCGGUGAGCUGUUUGAGAAGAUCAAGCAGGAGAGCAAAGCAAACGGACAUCCAAACGGUGACGCCGGGCUCUUCUUCACCAACCUUUACGUCACGCCCGUCCUCAAAAACAUCAGCCUUUAUUUGGAGAAGGGCAAGAUGUUGGCAGUGGCUGGAUCCACCGGCUCAGGAAAGAGCUCCUUACUCAUGAUGAUCCUGGGAGAGUUGGUGCCGUCGGAGGGGAAGAUCAGACACAGCGGCCGGAUCUCGUUCUCACCACAGACUGCGUGGAUAAUGCCCGGAACCAUCCGUGACAACAUCCUGUUUGGGCUGACCUAUGACGAGUUCCGCUACACUUCCAUCAUCAAGGCCUGUCAGCUGGAGGAGGAUUUUUCUCUGCUGCCUGACAAAGACAAAACCCUGCUGGGUGAAGGGGGCGUCAUCCUCAGCGGAGGUCAGCGAGCCCGACUUGGACUGGCCAGAGCCGUGUAUAAAGACGCUGACCUCUACCUGCUGGACGCCCCGUUCACACACCUGGACAUUGUGACGGAGAAAGAGAUCUUUGAGAAAUGCAUUUGUAAUUUAAUGGCCUCCAAAACCCGCAUCGUGGUCACCAGCAAGUUGGACCACCUCAAGCGAGCGGACAAAAUCCUUUUGCUCCACAACGGUGACUGCUUCUUCUACGGCACCUUCUCAGAGCUGCAGGCCCAGCGCCCGGACUUCAGCUCCCUCCUCCUUGGCCUGGAAGCCUACGACAACAUCAACGCGGACCGUCGCAGCUCCAUUCUCACAGAGACUCUCCGCAGGGUUUCCAUCGAUGAAACCGCCGGCCUCUGGGGGCCAGAGCCCAUUCGACAGUCGUUCCGCCAUCCGCCACCUCCCGUUAUCUCUCAAGGCCCUCCAGGUGGCGAUGUCUACCCAGAAAAACGCAAGCAGUCCCUCAUCCUAAAUCCCCUGGCAGCUGCUCGCAAGUUCUCCUUCAUAGGGAACUCCCAACAGACAAACGCUCCGCAGUCUGCAGCGAUGGAGGACGGGGUCCGAGAACUUUCAGAGAGAAAAUUCUCCGUGGUGCCAGAGGACGAACAAGUGGAGGAGGUGCUCCCCAGGAGUAACGUGUAUCACCACGGUUUCCAGCACCUGAAUGGGCAGAGGCGUCAGUCCGUCCUGGCCUUCAUCACCAACGCUCAAGGUCAAGUGCGCAGAGAUCAGAUGCAGUCGUCCUUCAGAAGAAAGCUGUCCAUCACACCGCAGUGCGAUCUGGCCACAGAGCUGGACAUUUACGCUCGCCGUCUGUCCAAGGACAGUGUUUAUGACAUCAGUGAGGAGGUGGACGAAGAAGACAUGGAGCAAUGCUUUGCAGAUGAACGCGAGAACAUCUUUGAUACUACCUCAUGGAGCACGUACCUGCGCUACGUCACCACCAACAAAAGCCUGAUCUACGUCCUCGUGUUCAUCGCUGUGGUCUUUGCAAUUGAGGUUGCUGGUUCAGUCAUUGGCAUUUUUCUCAUCACUGAUGAGAUCUGGAGAGAUGGAGCCAAUCCGUCCUCUCCCAACUACAUCACCGAGCAGCAUCCCAAUUCCUCGGCGCCCCCUGUCCACUUAGCCGUCAUCGUCACGCCGACCAGCGCUUACUACAUCAUCUACAUCUACGUGGCCACGUCGGAGAGCGUGCUGGCCCUCGGGAUUUUCAGGGGUCUCCCGUUAGUGCACACGUUACUCACUGUGUCCAAACGACUGCACGAACAGAUGCUGGGCGCCGUGCUGCGGGCGCCGAUGGCCAUGUUGAACACGAUGAAGACAGGUCGCAUCAUGAACAGAUUCACCAAGGACAUGACGACCAUCGAUGACAUGCUGCCCCUGGUGCUCUUUGACUUCAUACAGUUGUCGUUGAUCGUCCUGGGCGCCAUCUUCACCGUGUCCAUCAUGCGGCCGUACAUCUUUAUCGCCGCCAUCCCAUUGGCUGUCAUCUUUGUUGUCCUCAGGAAGUACUUUUUACGAACUGGGCAGCAGCUGAAACUGCUGGAGGCAGAGGCCCGAAGCCCCAUCUUCUCCCACCUCAUCAUCUCACUGAAGGGUUUAUGGACCAUCCGGGCGUUUGGGCGUCAAACCUAUUUUGAAAUGCUCUUUCACAAGGCCCUGAACACGCACACGGCCACGUGGUUCCACUACCUGGCCACGCUGCGGUGGUUCCUGUUCCGCUGCGACAUCCUCUUCGUCCUGUUCUUCAGUGCGGCCGCCUUCAUCGCCGUGGGAACCAACAAGGACAAACCAGGGGAGGUCGGCAUCAUCGUGGCCCUGGCCAUGCUCAUCCUGGGGACUUUCCAAUGGGCCGUCAUCACCAGCAUCACUGUAGAUGGACUGAUGCGUUCGGUGGAACGGGUCUUCAAAUUCAUAGACCUGCCCUCAGAGGAGCCGAUGCGGGGUAGAUCAGGGGGCAAAGGAGGCCUUGACCUGGUCAUCGACAACCCUCACGUCCAUGACUGCUGGCCCAACCGUGGACAGAUGGACGUCCAGGGUCUGACUGUCAAAUACACGGAGGCUGGACGGGCUGUUCUCAGCAACGUUUCCUUCUCUGUGGACGGGGGGCAGAGUGUGGGUCUGCUGGGUCGAACGGGUUCAGGGAAGAGCACGCUGCUCUCCGCUCUGCUGCGUCUGGCCUCCACUGAGGGCGAGAUCUCCAUCGACGGCGUCUCCUGGAGCUCAGUGUCCCUGCACACCUGGAGGAAAGCCUUCGGUGUGGUUCCACAGAAAGUCUUUAUUCUGACCGGAACCUUCCGCAUGAACCUGGAUCCAUACGGUCGAUACUGUGAUGAGGAUCUGUGGAGGGUGGCGGAGGAGGUGGGUCUGAAGUCGGUGAUUGAACAGUUCCCAGACAAACUGGACUUUCAGCUGCUGGACGGAGGCAGCGUCCUGAGCAACGGACACAAACAGCUGAUGUGUCUGGCCCGCUCCAUCCUCAGCAAGGCCCGCAUCCUGCUGCUGGGAGAGGCCUCGUGUGUGUGUGAGAGCAGAACAUUGCAGGUUCUGAGGAAGACGCUGAAGCAGGCCUUCUCCGGCUGUACUGUCAUCCUCUCAGAGCACAGAGUGGAACCACUGCUGGAGUGUCAGUCGUUCCUGAUGAUCGAGAACAGCUCCAUGAAGAACUACGACUCCAUCCACAAACUCCUGAACGAGACCAGUCACCUGAAGCAAGCCAUGAGUACCGCAGACAGGCUCCGCCUCUUCCCCACACUGCACCGCCUCAACUCCAGCAAGAGGGCGGCGCCACCGGUAACCAAAAUCUCAUCACUGCCAGAGGAAGCGGAGGAUGAAGUCCAGGACACUCGACUCUGACCGGCCCGGAAACUCAAGUUACACACACACACACACACACACACACACACACACACACAAAUGCCCUAGUUUUUAAUAAAUACACUGUUAAUUUAAUUUAGCAGAUAGUUUAUAUUUAUGAGCCUUAAGGAUAAUAAUAUUAAUAUAAAGGGAAAAACAACAACUCAAAAAAGUAGAAAAAUCUCAAGAUAACUUUUUAAUUGUUCUCUGUUGAUAAACUGAUGACGGACACUUGACUAACUAUAUUAGUGUUGACUAGUAUAGGUUUCAUUCCUGUGUUCGUACGCGUGCAGAACUGACACUGUUCAAGAAAAGAAAACACACAAAUGGUUGAUACGUUAACAGUCGUACGUGUAAAUAUAAAAAUGUCUGUGAUUAUAAAUCAGGUGUCGGGGACUAGAGAGUUAAGACUUUAUUUAUUGACCUUGACAGUCCUGAUGUACUUCAGGUAAAACCUGACAUUAAAAAGGGACGUCCAGAACGGAUUAGAAUGUACGUUAAACACACGGUAUCAGAGACGCAGCCUCGAUAACGGGAAUCUGUCGCUGAAAAGAGAUGAUUUCAGUUAAACAGGUGACUUUUGUAUAAAAGCUUAGAUGAAUGGUUUUAUAAAAAUAUAACUGUCCAUAAAAACCAACCAGAGUCCCUCAGUUUCUCUGUGGUAUUGUUAGCCAGAGUAAUGCUAACUAGCUUCUGUGCUAACAGUCCACAGAGCAGUUAUUAAUCUAUAAAGUGCCUUAUUUAAACAACAGCAAAGACUAAAAAGGGAACGACAUGUGACAUUUGUUCACAGCCUUUGAUUAAAUCGACCUGGUAUUGAUCAAAAAUGCCUCAGAAACUAUUUCACACCUUUGCUAAUCGUAGUAGCCACAGCUACUCUGCACCGCUAACGUAGCAAACGUCUGAUAGAACCAGGCUCAACCUUCAGAUUCUGAUUCACUUUUUAUACUCAGACAUCUGGCUGUUUUGUUUAAAUUUGAGAGAAAUGUCGUUUCACUGACCUGCAGCCAAACUGGAUUAUUUAGAGAAACGUCACUAAAGAUUAAUGAGUGAAGAUAGCCAUGAUUUUAUCCUGAUCCGUUUGCACUUUAUAAACACUAAGGUACUCGUCGUCGUCGUCGUCGUUGUCAUCAGCCUCUAGAACACUCUGAUUAUUAAACUUAACUCGAAACUUAGUAAAAGUUAAGUAAGUUAAGUAAAAUAACUUUGUAGAUAAUGAAAUGAUUUCUGAUGUGAUUCUAAUGGAUCAGGCAAAAAAGCCAAUAGUAAAUUUUGCUGAGAAAUAACAGUGACUAUAUUUUCAGAACCACUGCUGUAAAAAAUCAGCAGUUUUUUUUUUUUUUGGUUACAUGGUUUCCCUCUGAAACUUCAUAUUUUUGAUUGGUUUGAAGGGAAAACUGUGUUUAAUUUGUUUUUGUUUUUUUUUUUAAAUACUAAUCACGUGUUGUGUAGCAGAGGUAUUUGAGGUAAUUAAGGUACCACCCAAACGCCUUGAUAUGUUAACUGUGACAGUUGAAAUAUUUUUUACAGUGUAAAUGAAGAACAAAGCUGUUUGUUACUCAUAGUAAAAAAAAAAAAAAAAAAAAAAAA